GCCUCAACCAGAACCUGUAUACUACCUGCAUAUUACCUGACCGAUAGAAAAACAACACACCAGCUCUAGAAACACACUCCUUGUAUUACACUCUCGUCAAAGACAACGUACACACCUAUCAAAAUGGCCAUCGCCUCAGAAGCAGUCCCAAAAUCCGCCCGAAGGACUAUUGUGACCCCUCGCAAUCUAGCCAUCGCAACCACCAUCGGCGUCGUGGGCGGUACACUCCUCUUCUUCGAUUUCCUCAAAGGAGGACAAGAGAAUCCGAGACCGCAAGAACGGCUUGAGUAUAAUGGGGGUAGUGGUACGCAGACGGAUCAGGGGACGGUUAGGCCGGGGAGAAUUCGGUUGAGGAAUUAUAAUGAGCGAUAA